GAGGCGGGGGCGGCUCCGUCCCGCAGACCGCUCCGCCACCGAGGCACUGCCGCCGCUGGAGUCACGGCCGACCCGAGGAGGAGGAGGAGAAGAAGAAGGAGAAGAUGCCGGCGGGACGCUGAAAGAAAUGAACUUUUUGGAUACCCUAUGGGGAGAUGCGUCCUUGACAUGGAGCAUAUGUUUGGUCAUCUUCAAUCUGAGGCAACAGUAUGUGUGCUACAUAUAACAGAAAGAGACCAGCUGAAUGGCUACGUCACAAUAAGAAAUUGGUCUAAAAAUGUUAGUGUUUCAUGCCACUAAUGUAAGGUUGGGAAAGCCUAGUAACCCAACAGUCAAAAGAAUUACUUUUUUGUAAAAGCCAGUUCAAAAAGAACAAGCAGUCAAUAUAUAUUUUACCAUGUGUUCCCUGAUUAUUUAGCACUGAAUCUUUCAUUACACUGAAAUCAUGGUGUGAGGAUUGGUGGACAGUGUCCCCCGCCCACCAUCCCCGGCACACAUCUGGCAACUAAAGACUGUGUCAAGAUGACCUCUGAGGAGAUGAGAGCAUCUGUUCUCCUCUCUGUGGUACGGGGUAAAGUGAUACCUGCUCAGUCAGCUGGAGAUGAAAAUACUGAAAAUGCUUUGGACACCAGUGUUAUAAAAAGACAUACUACCAGUUCAGGAAGGCAAACCACACAUACUCUGUCAUACUUACACAGACUGGAAGAAGAAAGUCUUCAGGGCUCAGUGCCCAAAAUAUUCUCUCUGGCAAAAGAACAACUGACUAAUGACAAGAGUAAUGAAAACUUCUGGGAUAGGAGCAGCUCCAUCCCUAAUCCAGUGGAAUUUCUUAACAUUAACUGUAACAUUGUACAGAAAAACUACAAGAGCAGUAUCCCCUGCAGCCAGUUGUAUCAAUCUUGUGAUCCUUUAGCAGGGGGAGAGGCAUGCCUGGAAACUGGAAUUCCUGUUUCACUGGAAAGAGCCAUGCUUGCUGAAAUUCAGUUGAAAGUGAAUGGACCUUCAUUAAGAAACCAGACAGCAGUAAAUAAGAAUGACAGCGGUGAUCCUGACAAAGUGGCCUUUUUUCACUUACAUUGUGCUGGUGAAAGGAAUAUAUCAAAGGCUUUGUGCAGUUUACACAACAGCUUCAUUUUGGAUGACUGCUUGCAGCCCGUGAGCGUUGGUGAUGGUAAUACCUCUGGUUCCUCAGCCUGCACUUGCAGCAUAAUGGAGUUGACUAAUAAUUCCGAGAAUGAAAAUGGGCAGCAGUUGUAUGAAGAUGCUUUAAGGGAUAAGUAUUUAUGUCUGGAAAGAGCACCACGAAAGGUUAAAGUGGCGUGCUCAGGUCACAACUUCUAUGGAAAUAAUUUUACUGGAAGAAUGCCCUCAAAGCCCUUUCUGAGCCAUUUUGAAGACUGCAAUGAUAACUGUGAAGAUGAGUUGGAAGAGGAUUUUUUUCGAAACAAAAAGGAACGUUCUACUCUAUUAAUAAGACGUUUCUGUAAAAAUGAUAAGGAGGUUAAAAAAUCAGUUUAUACUGGAACGAGAGCAAUUGUUAGGACUUCACCUUCAGGGCACAUAGGAACUGUUGCUUGGAAUUAUGUUGAGCAAAGGAGAAACAAUGGUGGCUUGAAGCUUUCUAGGAUUACAACAGAACAGCUAACUGUAAUUCAGUCCUUAAUAAAAUGGAAGUUUAAUUCCUGCCUUGAGAAGUCUUUAUGGUAUGAGGUCUUCAGUACAGUGAGAGAAGAAGAGGAGGGAGCAGAAGAUAUUUUUGAAUAUAUUCCUCAUCUUCGGAGAAAGCUCCCAACAUUUGUUACAGUCUGUAUUUGUAAAGAUGAUGGAUUUUGUGUAAAACCAUGUGUAGCAGAUGCUUACUGUCAAUAUCGUGCCACUUUACAGAGGACUGCACUCUCUAACUAUAUAACUGGUGCUUUACUAGAAGCAACUACAUCAUUAGGAGCAAGAAGUGGUCUUUUAAAUAUCUUUGGAGGAUCAACUGGAAGAACAAUGCUUAAAGAACGUCAAGCGUGUACAUCUAUGGCUGGCUCCAGCAUCCUUCCCUCCAACGUUGCUGGGAUCAGCAAAGAGCUGAUCGAACUGCAGCACCUCAUCCAGUUCCCAGAGGAGGUUGCCAGCAUUCUGACCGAGCAGGAGCAAGAGCUCUACCGGAAAGUCUUACCCAUUGACUACCUCUGCUUUUUAACCAGGGAUUUGGGUAAUGCUGAAUGUCAAAGCAAGCUGCCAUCUAUUAAGGCUUCCAUAUCUGCUACCAUUCUUUCUUCUCCCAAUGGUGAACAUAAUGCUGUAGAAGACCUUGUGACAAGGUUUAAUGAGGUGAGCUCGUGGGUUACCUGGCUGAUCCUGACUGCAGGUUCUAUGGAGGAGAAACGAGAAGUCUUCUCAUAUUUAGUACAUGUGGCAAAAUGCUGCUGGAAUAUGGGCAACUACAAUGCUGUAAUGGAAUUUCUGGCAGGGCUAAGGUCAAGAAAAGUUUUAAAAAUGUGGCAGUUUAUGGACCAGUCUGAUAUUGAAACCAUGCGAAGUCUGAAAGACGCUAUGGCACAACAUGAGUCAUCAUCGGAAUAUAGGAAAGUGGUCAACCGGGCCCUCAAUAUUCCAGGCUGUAAAGUUGUUCCUUUCUGUGGUGUAUUUUUAAAAGAGCUUUGUGAAGUUUUGGAUGGAGCAUCAAGCCUCAUCAGACUCUGUCCACGAUAUAACUCCCAGGAAGAAACGUUAGAGUUUGUUUCAGAUUACAGUGGACAAGAUAAUUUCUUGCAACGAGUAGGUCAAGAUGGUUUAAAUAAUCCAGAAAAAGAAUCAACAACAAACAGUAUCUUUCAAACUAUCCGGAGCUGCAAUCGCAGUUUGGAAUCUGAGGAGGGUGAAGAUAAUGUUAGUGAAGGGAGCGAUUCAAGAAAAAACUCUUUGAAGGACAGAAACCGGUACCAAUUUAUAAUUGGAGACCUUUCAGAUUCUGAAAGUGACAUAUUUGAGCAGUUGAAGGAAUGGGACACAAAUUCAACAGAAGAGCAACAAAAGGCUUUCUGCCAUGGGAUAGAACUCAUUCCCUGGUACGUGUUAUCUAUCAGGGCUGAUGUCCAUCAGUUCAUGCAACAAGGGGCAACCGUCAUUCAUUAUGACCAGGAGACACAUCUCUCAGCACGGUGCUUUCUUCAACUUCAGCCUGACAAUAGUACUUUGACUUGGACAAAACCCACAACAGUUUGCCCUGCAAAUGCUAAGGCAAAACUGAGCAUGCUGGGUAAUACUGCUGAGCUUGGUAAAUACCAGUUUCUUGGUAAUACUGGACUGGUGGAAGGUUUUUUGGACUUGUUUUCAGCCAAGGCUGUAUAUAUGGGACACUCGGGCAUUGAUAUGCACACUGUGUGUGUUCAAAAUAAACUGUGUAAUAUGUCCCUUGAAGAAAAUGGUAUAACACUACUUUAUGGACUUCAGACUACUGACAAUAAGUUGCUGCACUUUGUUGCUCCAAAAUAUACUGCCAGAAUGCUGUAUGAUGGAUUGCUGGAAUUGACUAAAGCUGUAAGAAAAAUGAGGAAAUUCCCUGAUCAAAGACUACAGUGGCUACGGAAACAGUAUGUCAGCCUUUACCAGGAGGAUGGAAGGUUUGAAGGCCCAACUUUGGCUCAGGCUGUUGAACUGUUUGGAGGCAGACGAUGGAGUGCAAGAAACACAAGCACGGGAUCUCUCACCAAAAGCACUGAGAAACCUAAUGUACAGAGAAACAACACUCUGGGAAUAAGCACAGCUAAGAAAAAGAAGAAAGUACUCAUAAGGGGUGAAAGUGGAGAGGCCACCGAUGAUGAAAUGGCAACACGGAAGGCAAAAAGCUGUAAGGAAUAUCGUAAUAGAAGUGGCUCAGAUCCUCAAGAUAUUGAUGAACAAGAAGAACCAGAUCAAAAUAUUAUUAUUAAUGCUUCUCCAUCUAACAACCUGCCAUCAAGAAGAGCUCACUCUCUGACAGCAUCGGGGUCUCCAAACUUAGGAGCUACGUCACCUUCACCAGCAAGACCAGUCUCCUCUCCUGUAAUAUCUUCAAGCAAGAGUCAGUCUAGCACAUGGAGCAGCAGUAGCUGGCAUGGCCGCGUUAAAGGAGGAAUGAAGGGGUUUCAGAACUUCAUGGUGUCUGAUAGUAACAUGACUUUUGUGGAAUUUGUAGAGCUCUUCAAAUCUUUCAGCGUCCGUAGCCGCAAGGAUCUGAAAGACCUUUUCGACAUCUAUGCUGUGCCUUGCAACCGAUCCGGCUUAGACCCUGCUCCACUUUAUACUAAUUUGAAAAUUGAUGAAAAUACCAGCGGAUUCCAGCCUGAUUUAGAUUUGUUGACUAGAAAUGUUUCAGACCUUGGUUUGUUCAUUAAGAGCAGGCAGCAGCUAUCAGACAACCAGAGGCAAAUAUCUGAUGCUAUUGCUGCUGCCAGCAUUGUUACCAACGGUACUGGAGUUGAAAGCACAUCGCUGGGAAUAUUUGGAGUGGGAAUCCAGCAGCUAAACGACUUCCUUGUGAAUUGCCAAGGAGAGCACUGUACCUAUGAUGAAAUCCUCAGUAUUAUCCAGAAAUUUGAACCCAGUGUGAAUAUGUGCCAGCAAGGGCUGCUAUCUUUUGAAGGAUUUGCAAGAUUUUUGAUGGAUAAAGACAACUUUGCCUCCAAAAAUGAUGAAUCACAGGAGAAUGCUGAGGACUUGAACUUUCCUCUCUCCUAUUACUACAUAGAAUCUUCACACAACACUUACCUUACUGGCCAUCAGCUUAAAGGGGAGUCCUCAGUAGAGCUCUACAGCCAGGUUCUUUUGCAAGGCUGCAGAAGUGUAGAAUUAGACUGCUGGGAUGGUGAUGACGGGAUGCCUAUCAUUUAUCAUGGUCACACUCUUACUACUAAGAUCUCUUUUAAGGAGGUGGUUGAAGCUAUCGAUCGCAAUGCAUUCAUCACUUCCGACAUGCCAGUUAUCAUAUCCAUAGAAAACCACUGCUCAUUGCCUCAGCAACGCAAGAUGGCUGAAAUCUUCAAGAAUGUAUUUGGAGAUAAGUUGGUGACAAAGUUUUUAUUUGAGAGUGACUUUUCUGAUGAUCCCAUGCUUCCUUCCCCUGGCCAACUGAGAAGAAAAAUCCUGCUUAAAAACAAGAAGCUGAAAGCCCAUCAAACACCAGUGGAUAUAUUGAAACAAAAGGCUCACCAGCUGGCACAUUUGCAAGCACAGGCUAGCAAUGGUGCUAGCAACCCCACACCUACCAAUGAAGAGGAAGAAGAUGAAGAGGAUGAAUAUGACUAUGACUAUGAAUCUCUCUCUGACGAUAACAUCCUUGAAGACCGACCUGAGAAUAAAUUAUCAAGUGAUAAACUGCAGUUCGAAUACAAUGAAGAGACUGCCAAACGACUAAAGAAAGCUGAUUGUGCCACUUACAAUAAUAAAGGAAAGGUUUACGACAUGGAGCUGGGUGAAGAAUUCUAUCUUCUGCAAAAUAAGAAGGAAAGCAGACAAAUAGCCCCAGAGCUAUCAGAUCUUGUCAUUUACUGUCAAGCCGUGAAGUUCCCUGGCUUGUCAACUCUAAACCCAUCUGGCUCUAGCAGAGGAAAAGAAAGAAAAAGCAGGAAGUCCAUUUUUGGCAACAAUCCUGGCAGGCUGAGCCCUGGGGAGUCAGCUGCGCUUGCCAAAGCAUCUGGAAAAGGUCCUUUGGAUGUGAUGCGGCAAACCUGGGAAGAUCCUUGCUCUCCUUACAACUCCCCAGCCUCUCUCAGUGCCAUCAUCAGGACGCCCAAGUGCUACCACAUCUCCUCCCUGAACGAGAACGCUGCCAAACGGCUGUGCAGGCGCUACUCCCAGAAGCUGAUCCAGCACACCACCUGCCAGCUCCUGAGGACCUACCCUGCUGCCACUCGCAUCGACUCCUCAAAUCCCCAUCCACUGAUCUUCUGGCUCCAUGGGGUACAGCUUGUGGCUCUGAACUACCAAACAGAUGAUCUUCCUCUGCAACUUAAUGCAGCAAUGUUUGAGGCUAACGGUGGCUGCGGAUAUGUUUUGAAACCUCCAGUUCUGUGGGAUAAAAAUUGUUCAAUGUACCAGCAGUUUUGUCCAUUGGAAAGAGAUUUUGAUAAUAAGGAGCCAGCUAUAUAUUCUUUAACAAUCGUGUCUGGACAGAACGUGUGCCCCAGCAAUAGCACGGGCAGUCCAUGCAUUGAAAUCGAUGUGCUGGGGAUGCCUCUGGACAGCUGCCACUUCCGCACAAAGCCCAUUCAUCGCAAUACUCUCAACCCCAUGUGGAAUGAACAGUUCCUUUUCCGGAUUCACUUUGAGGAUUUGGUCUUUCUCCGGUUCGCAGUUGUUGAAAAUAACAGCUCAGCUGUGACAGCUCAGAGAAUCAUUCCCCUCAAAGCGCUAAAGAGAGGCUACAGACAUGUCCAGCUCCAUAACCUGCACAAUGAAACAUUAGAGAUUUCCAGUUUGUUUAUAAACAGUCGGAGAAUGGAAGAAAGUCCCUCUGGAAACACUCUGCCUGCAUCUACGUCGUUUAGCCUGGGAGAAAGGAAAGCUGCUGUGACUUACAAAGUGACAGUUCAUGGAAUUCCAGGCCCGGAGCCUUUCACUGUUUUUAAUGUAAGUGCGGGGACCACGGCUGCACAGCUGCUCCAUCAGCUCUUGGCUACCAUAAAAGGCACCGAGUCAAGCACUGCAGACUAUUUUCUGAUGGAAGAGAAAAGUUUCAUAUCUAAAGAAAAGAGUGAAUGCAAAAAACCACCAUUCCAGAGAGUGAUUGGUCCUGAAGAAGGGCUAGUGCAGCUUUUGAACAGUUGGUUCCCAGAAGAAGGAUAUGUUGGAAGGAUUAUCUUUAAAACCCGAGAGGAAAAUUUAAAUGAGAGAAAUGUCUUUCAAGAAGCAAAGGAAGAAGCAGCCAUCAGCUCCGAGGAUGACAGUUUCUUUGUUCAGGUACACGAUGUCUCCCCAGAGCAACCACGCACCGUCAUCAAGGCUCCCCGCUUCAGCACGGCUCAGGAUGUCAUACAGCAGACUCUUUGCAAAGCGAAAUACUCCUACAGCAUUUUGAGCAAUCCAAAUCCAAGUGAUUAUGUGCUCCUGGAAGAGGUGACAAAAGAGCCAACAAACAAAAAGUCCUCAACAUCUAAACCAUCUCAGAGGAUUCUCUCUGAUCAAGAGUGUGUGUUUCAGGCCCAAAGCAAAUGGAAGGGAGCAGGAAAAUUUAUCCUGAAGCUCAAAGAACAGGUUCAGGCAGCACGAGAUGACAAAAGAAAAGGCAUCUCCUUUACCAGUGAACUGAAGAAGUUAACCAAGUCCAGUAAGCAGUACCGGGGGUUCAUGUCGCCCCCGCUGCAGGUGUUGUCGGACAGUCCCCACAGCAAGGAUGAAAGGGCCGCGUGCGGCUUGACCUUCAGUGACAUUGUGGAGUAGUCACUCCACUGCCUACGGUCUGUUCAGUGCCUUUGAAGGAUCCUGCUGUGGACUGAAGUGGUCAACAAUUGUGUGCCCUGUGCUACAGCUGCCUAAUCCAGGCAAUUCUGCUGGAUUAACAUCCAGAAUCUGGGAAUCCUAAAUGGGAUACUGUAGAUUGGAAAGAUGCCUGUCAGCUAUCAGAAGAUUCUGCUCUUCCCAUAUCUUCACAUCUGCAGAUUCUCCAUAGGCGGAUGGAGAAGUUUUCUUGGACUGUAUGUUGUAAACAAACAUGUGUCAUCACCCUCCCCUUUUUAAACAAAAGAUAAUUUUAGCUUGUUGCCUCUAAGGAAACUGAAGGCAGAGAACCAGAGUGUUCUUUUAUGUAUAUUAUUUUAAAAUAACGCACUUUUACCUGAAGAUUUCUGUUAAACACUGUGUUAAGUGAUUGUAAAGAGAUUUUAAUAUACUGUAACUUCCUUUGCAUAUCUGUUUAACUUUGGUGAAUAUCACAAAACACUCAAAAUUAUUUAUGGUUUAUCUACUUUAACAAAAUAAUGUACAAUAGCUAAAUACACCUAACUGGUAGUGAGACUUUGACAAGCAACAACAUUUUCUUCUUAUAAAUUCUUGUUUUCCAGGCUUGUGUUUAAAGAAAGAAUAUUUAUUAUCAUGUUCCAAAGUACAUGCCAUUGUAUAAUAUAUUUAUCAUAUACUACUUUUUAGAAAAUGCAGAUUUUUACCUCUCUCUGGAUUUAGAGGAAAAUAUGUUUGAACUUUUAUGGUUGUUUCUUUUCAGCACAAGAUGUUUAAUACCCCAAACUGACCAAAUUCAAAACAAUGCAUUGAUAAAUGUAAUUAACAUUUCAAAAUUUUGAAUUCAAAUACAUUUUUCCAUACAGUCAGAAACGUCUUUUUACUUAUCUGUUACAGAGAUUAUAAAGAACUUUUACACUAUAACUAUUGACAUUUUUGUUUACAUAGAAACACUGUUGUGAAGUUUUACGUUUGCUGAAUUCAUCUUUUGAUAUGUAAGUAAAUUAGUUGUGCUAGUCUUUUUUUUUAUUUCCAUGGGAGUUACUAAUGUGUUUAGUUACUUAAAACAAUCCAUAUUGUUACAGGGGCACAAAUUAAACAAUCAGAUCCCUUUGAUCUCCCACAAGAAAUGUGUCUGUGGCGAACAAAUUGCUCUGCACACGUUUUUGUCUCACUAGAGCAAUCCCUAAACAAGAGUAGUCUCAUGACAACUGAUGCCCCCCUAUUAAUUAGAAAAUGAAAUAGAAGAAAGAAGAGUCAUUAACUGUCAUAUAAACAAGCAGACAGAACCUGCAUUCUGUCACCAGAAACGAUGAAGUCUUUCACAAUACACUACAGAAAAUGCCUGUAAAGUAGCUAUUACCAAAGCAAAAAAGUGCCCUCUUGAGGUCAUUUCCAGCUUUCAGGAAAAAUAACUAUAGCCGUACAAAAAAAGUCAAAUUUCCUGGUGCCAUAUCCUCACAGAGGCCAUGCACCUCCCACUGCUUGUCUUUUACAAAAGUAAACUUUUGAACUGAUGCAGCACCCCCAACCACCUCCAAGCUCAGCCUCUUCACUCAUUAGUACCAACUUGAACACUGCACAUGCAUAAGACAAGACUGAUCCCGAGUAAAAUGUUAGCAGUGACAACUUACAUGUAGUUUUAUAUGCAGUUUGCUUUGGAAUUCUUUGGAGUUAUUGGGAAAUACUUAUAUCAACCUGCUGCGCAAUUCAACUAAUGCAACUAUUUUUUAAAUCUUAGCUUCAUUCUCCCUGUUAUUUUAACACAGUAGCAGAUUCACAUCACUAAGAAUUUUUUCUUUCUGGUGUUUUUGUGGCAUUUUAGAAACAAUACUUAAGGUUCCUGUAGUUUGCCCUUACCUGUCUGGCUUUUUUUUUUUUUUUGGAAGUGGUUUGUUGGGUUUUUUUAAUCUUUAGCAGCACUGAAAAUUCUUACCAUCACCUAAGUAUCACACACUGGCUAAUUAAUUAGAUCCAACAUACAAACCUUGGGGAAUCAAGGGACAACAGCAGCCAUGUCACAUUAACACAGGUCUAACACUAGCCUGAAGUCUGGUGGCAAUUUAAAAUCAGCAGAUUUUUACUAUUUCUACUAAUACAGUAAUUUUUCUAGCUGUGGGAACAGUUUAUUAAUAUGAAUAUCUUCCUCAUUAGUCUCACCAAAAGCUGCUUUUGCUGCUGUUUAUUACAGUGAAAGAGAAAAGUUUUUGGCUUUUUAUUUCAAACCCCAUAUUUUAGGCAUAUAGACAUCUGGAAUUGUGUAAGGCUAAUUACCCUGUUCUAGUAUUUUCAUUAAUGUUCAUAUAUCACUUAAUUUCAAGUUUAGGUAUUGGUAAGUAGCCAAGUAAACUUUUGUUAGUGAAACAUGGCACACUUUGGGGUGAAUUUGGAAAAGAAUUGCGAUACCCUUCCUUUUGUUGGGUCCAAGUUUCCUGAUAGUGAAAAUACACCACCACCUGAUGCAUUUAAUGGGGAGGGUGGUUAACUUUCUUGAAAGCUCAGUUAAGGAGCUUCCAUGUGCUGAAUUAUUAUGCUCAUAGGAAAUUUAUUCUCCUUAGCCACGGAUUUUAUUUCUGCAGGAAUAUUUGUCCACACCGUCCUGUGACAAGACUGACAAAAUAACUUUGUCCUUUUUUGUGCUUCUGGCUGGGCAUGGACAUCAAUUAGGAAAAUACAUUCAUUUUUACAUUACAAACUAUUUACAGGAAGCAGCUUCCAGGAUAAAAUCUGAAAGAAAGGAAUGUAAAUAAUCAACACCUUCCAGAAACAUGCUGUCUCUGAGCAGUAGCAGGCCUUGCACUGAACAGUUUACAGGUGGAAAUCUCAUGCUCCAUUGCCUAAUGGCAAAAAUACAGAAGCAUAUUCUUCUGUACUAUUUAAAAAACUGCUACUUUUCUACCAAGUUCUUAACUUCUCCCUGUGCAGCACGUGGUGCUUGCAGGGAGUUAUGGUAUGGGACGAAAGAUGGGCAGUCACAGCUCCUGCCUGUAUCAGCACUGCUCUGGCUGUAGGAACUGGGGCACACCAGGAGCUACUUCCUCUACUGCCUGAAGGGUUUCUUGUUUCUGUCUUACUGAUCCCAAACUAUAGCAGAAGACUAAAAAGUACUAUCUCAGUUUUAUUUUUUUAAACCUAGUCACAUUAUUUUUCUUGCUACAAAUAUUAGGUGAAUACUAGGUGAAGUGUCUCACCUUUUAGAAAGCUCUCUGCUUCUAGAAAUCACAUGCUUUGGAGAUUUAAAGACUUCAAGAUGGAAAUAUCUAAAUAUUUCAGGAACACUUUUUCUCUUACAUUCAUAGUUUAUUUUCAAAAAAGAAGACCUUGCUGGUAGCUUUACAUUUCAGUGAAAGGCUGAGUCUGCAGCUUCUGAAACUGAACUGUCUGCUCUGCUCUGCUCUGGCUCUUUGAAUGCUUCAAUUAGCAUUUGGUUUUUAAUCACUGUCAGUUAUUAUUCCACUAUAAAACUCAGUUUACUUUUAGGGUAGCCCACUAAAUGUACCAAUGGUGGCAUUUUUUUCCUGUCUGUGAUAGAUGUUUUGCAACUUAAAUAGUAAUAGACUUUUGGCAGAGUUAGCAAAUUAAACACAAAAAUAAAUAGCAGUAAAUAAGAUUUUUGCUCCAAUAGAUGUAUAGGCUCUUUCAGAAUGACUUAGUUGAACAGUUGUCUUUCUCUGCCUCUUAAAGCAUGUCAGAGUAUUCUGACAAUGCAACAUCACUAUGUGCCAGUCUCUAUAUGUUUGGAAACUAUGAAAAAUGAAAAAUUUCAAAAAUUUCCACCUGGACUAUUUUCUCUCUGCUGACUUGAAGAAUAAACCUGUAUUUGUAUAUGUUGUAAAAAAAAUAAAUGGUUUAAGAUGUUCA